AUGGAUACCAAGCUUCAAAUUGAAACUGACCGGGAACCCGCACCUGUGCUAGGAGGUCUACUUGCCAUCCUGCCGUGGACAGUAUGGACUCCCCAGCUCACUCACCUCCUACCCCUUCUGGACCGGCGGGGCAAAUCCCAGUCCUUACGGUGUGCCUGGAGCAAUCAGCCUGCAUCAAUCUUUGCAGCAGCGACAAGGCGUUGUUGCCCUCCACACGGUGAACCUAAGAUGUCGGCUGACCGUACACCACUGACGCAAAAUCUGCUCCCACAUCAAAAGCCCAACCAUGACACCAUGUUGCGCCUGGAUGAAAUAUUUAGAUGCUUCUGGGACAAAUUAUGGGAAGCAGCACAGACCGCACAGAGAACCCCACAGCUAACGGAUGAGCGGGGCUGCUAG